CUCUUCAGUACCGCUCUAUGGAUUAGAGCGUCACUGUCCGGUACAGGGCAUCAAUCAUCCGAUGCGAGGGACUCGACGCCGGUGAACAAACGAGUCACAUUUAACAAGAGUUUGGACGGAAUCUUUAUGGGAAAUGGGGGUACCAAUACGAGAGAAGAUUUGGACACAAAAAUCUGUAUUUUUUGGUGUCGGAUUGACAUCUUCCUUAUCCAUAUUUGUUUGAAAUCUCCCGGUGCAAAUCACAGCAGUAGCACGCUAACGCGUUCCAUCGCACUACAUCUGUAGUUGUUGGUCGAUGACAAACUAGCUAACGUUAGUUAGCUGUAACCAGAAUAUGGAUAUUUUUGUAAAUACAAUAGAGAUGAUUGUGCGCGAGCGUUUAGCUGCUUUUACGUUAUGACCUGCUAACGUUAGUCCUGUAUUGGAAAUCUGACCGCUAAACCCAUUCCUCUGUAGUCAGUGGUAUCAAGGUGACGGAUGGAAGUAGCUAAGCUAAAGCCACUGGACUUGUGAACCGGUGCAGAUGAACUAACUAUGGCUAAUGCUAUGUGCUGUGGAAUGUUGUACGCUAGCUAGCGACACAUUGAGAAACUAGCUAGCAGCUACCAUGAAUUAUAUUGUGUUAGCUAACCUCCGACAGAUGUUGGUUGUUAUGUCGGCAAUUAAAUGUAAUAUGUAAUGUAUACCACGGGCUUACACCAUGAAUGUGGUUGGCCUCGUCCUUGUCAACCCCUGUGGUUGACACAAGUAUCGGUUUUUAAAAGCAAACAGCGGGAUAAAAACGCUGUCACCGGGUAGUGGUGCUGAAAAGAAAGAACAUAUUUUCUGUCGCUAGCUCGCUACUGUACUGUAGCUAUGGGAGCUAGCUAGCUAUGUAGCUAGCAGCACAUUAUAGCUAGCUACCCCCCCAGAUUUUAUCAAUGGUGUCUAAUAAAUUUUUAUUCGCAAUAAUUCUAUUAUAUGUGUAUAUAGGUGUACAGUCAUUAUUUUACUUUUUUGGCGGCGUCGUUUUAACUAUUUUGGUUGCUAUGGCAUUUUUAAAUGGACCCAGACUAUUAGACUGGGCGAAUUCACCUCCUCAUCUUCAAUUCAACAAAUACGUCCUGACUGGAUACCGACCAAUAUCUUCUGUCCAAGACUGUAUAAGAAGCCUUUUUUACAUGCACAACGAACUGGGAAACAUAUACACACAUGAUUGAAGUGACCAAGAUUGCAUAUGAAACCAUGGUCUCUAGCAUAGGAUUCUUGAUGACCUCAAGUGAAGUCAACUUGCUACGGUAUCCCUCUGCUCUGCUUCCUGUUCCUCAUCCCGCUCAACUUCCCCUGGUCCCAGAUCAGUGUGACAUGGCUGGGUGUGGUCCACUUCCUGGCCUGCCUGUCCCCCCAGCUGGGCUCUGUGCUCUACCACCUUUUCAUGAACCACGAAGGAGGAGAGCCUGUCUACCACACCCUUCUCACCCUCGACAUGUGCGGCAUCUGCAUGAUCAACACGCUGGGAGCGCUGCCCAUCGUCUACAGCACCCUGCUGUGCUACCCAUUCACCCGCACAGUGGCUCUGCUCGUCUACAUCCUGCUGUCCAGCUACGCUAUCUACUCGGCCAUCACGGCGCGGAGUAGCGUGCGGCGUCUGCGCUCCUUUGCCUGGCAGGCCCUGUUCCGCUUCUCCUUCUUCCUGCUGCGCUGGGUGGGCGUGGGCGGCGGCAGCCCCACCUCGCUGCAACACUUCCUCACCAUGGACGCGCUGGCUGUACUGGGCGGGAUCAUCAACAUCUCGCGCAUCCCAGAGCGCUUCCGCCCGGGCCUCUUUGACUACUGGUGCAACAGCCACCAGAUCAUGCACGUGCUGGUGGUGGGCUCCAUCCUCUACCUGCACUGGGGUGUGCUGGACGACCUGCUCUGGAUCAACAGCCACCACUGUCCCUCAGACUGAUCCCCACCCUGCCUGGAGGAGGACCAGCGGGGAACAGGGUUUAGGACCUCUGGGGGGGGCUGUUUCAAUAGGUAAUGGUUGGGAAGGGAAGAUGGGAAGUGUUCAUGAAGAUGUGCAUGGAAGGCCAGAUAAAGUGUUUUACAUAAUAGGGAUUGGUGCAGGCUUUGACACAUGUGCACCUAGCAAGAAUGUUCAUACUGUAUGUGUCCAUCUUGCCAUUAUACAUGCGUUGCUAUUUAUAUUAGGGAACACACACAAGGAUUUGGGUAUUGGCUCACUGGUCAACACAUACACACACACACACACACACACAGCAGAGGAUCUGUGAAGAUUACACACAAAGGAGAUUAAGGAUUUGAUAUCAGAAAUACACAUAGAAAUGCCUACAAAAAAAAUCAUGACAUGCAAGUGAAGCUACACUUGAGCAAUAGUUGAUUAGCUGUUGACUUAUCCUCAUGUGUCAAUUACCAUUUCAUCCUAUGGCUUUUAUCAAAGUGGAUCCGUCAAUGAUGCAUUCAUUCUUUCUGAAGUAUUAUUCAGAUGUCAUUCUAUUGCAACCUAUGCAGCACUUAGCAUAUAAACUUUAGAACAAACACACACACUGCACACACUCACAGCGUAGCAUGCAUACAUGCUAGUAAUGCACAAGUAAUGCACAAAGCACUCCCAGACCCGUCACAGAGUCCUAUGGAACUACUUGAGUUACUGUGUAUUAGAGAGGAUAUUCUCCCUCUCAUUAUUUCUUCCAUGUUUGUUUGUCUUUCUCCCUUCUCUCUGACUUUGUCUGUAUCUCUGUGGUCAGGUAUCGGUGAAGGGUAUGGGUAACUGGGUAUGGGUGAAAGGUAUGGGUAACUGGGUUUGGCUAACUGGGUAUGGGUAACUGGGUGAAGGGUAUGGGUAACUUGGUGAAGGGUAACUGGGUAUGGUGUGAAGGGUAACUGGGUAUGGGUAACUGGGUGAAGGGUAUGGGUAACUUGGUGAAGGGUAACUGGGUAUGGUGUGAAGGGUAACUGGGUAUGGGUGAAGGGUAACUGGGUAUGGGUGAAGGGUAACUGGGUAUGGGUGAAGGGUAACUGGGUAUGGGUGAAGGGUAACUGGGUAUGGGUGAAGGGUAACUGGGUAUGGGUGAAGGGUAACUGGGUAUGGGUGAAGGGUAACUGGGUAUGGGUGAAGGGUAACUGGGUAUGGGUGAAGGGUAACCGGGUAUGGGUGAAGGGUAACUGGGUAUGGGUGAAGGGUAACCGGGUAUGGGUGAAGGGUAACUGGGUAUGGGUGAAGGGUAACUGGGUAUGGGUGAAGGGUAACUGGGUAUGGGUGAAGGGCAACUGGGUAUGGGUGAAGGGUAACUGGGUGAAGGGUGAAGGGUAACUGGGUAUGGGUGAAGGGUAACUGGGUAUGGGUGAAGGGUAACUGGGUAUGGGUGAAGGGUAACUGGGUAUGGGUGAAGGGUAACUGGGUAUGGGUGAAGGGUAACCGGGUAUGGGUGAAGGGUAACUGGGUAUGGGUGAAGGGUAACUGGGUAUGGGUGAAGGGUAACCGGGUAUGGGUGAAGGGUAACUGGGUAUGGGUGAAGGGUAACUGGGUAUGGGUGAAGGGGUUCAUUCCUUGGCUUGUUAGUGCUCAUUUUGUUUGAAGUUUACCUCCCUUUUUAGUGCAGUCCACAUAGCCUAAAUGCUAGACUGAACUUGGAUGCGUUGUGCCAUUGAAAAUACAGCCAUUUUGAAUAGGGAAUCAUGACAGACUAUCCGUGACAGAUUAUUUACAAUUGCUAUUGUUGAGUUACAUUAAGUUACUCUUUAUUAUUGGUUGACCUUAAUCUUGUGAGACAGUGCUUUUUAUUUAUUCAUCAAUAUCUAUAUUUAAAGUGACAAUUCCUCACAUUUAACUGAGGAAUUUGAUUUGGUUUUGAAUCCGGAUUAUUAGAAUUAGUUCAUGACUAUUAAGUUAAAAAAGAUAUUUUGUUGUUGAUUAUUGUAAUCAUGUUUGGCACAUACUGUAGUCAAUGAAAAGGGCACAUAACGUCUUAAAUGAAGAUGCCUAAAACAGACCGGAUGUCUCUCUUUAUAAUACCUGAACAAUAGUUACAUGACUGUGCAGGAUGGAUCUUGUUGACUGAAAAGAGAAGUUCUGCCACCAAACAGAUACCAAAUGUUUAUUACGCUACAGUAUUAGAGAUACCGUUUGUGAUGAGGGUUUUUUAAAUUAGAAUGCACUAUUAUUAUUUGACUACUAGAAACCAGUAGGUUUCCCUGAGAGGGUAGAAAUGGCCGACAGCUAGGCUACAUUCUAGGCUUUUAACUGUCCGAGGCCAGAUAAUGAUUUGGUAUGAUGCACUGCAUUCUAUGCCAAAGCUGGACAUUAUUACUACAUAACAUAGCCCAGUUUGAGUCUUUGCACUUUGUUACCCUUAGAGAGGUACAGUACUGUAGUACCAAGCUGACCGGUGCCAUAUAGUAUUUCAUUAGACAACUGCAACCAAGCAUGAAUGAACCCCUAACCCUCUCACCAUUUUCACAACCAGUAACCCUGAGCAAACUAUUUCUGGUUACUCAGGUUUAAAGUAAAAAUUGUUGCCACUAGUUUCUGCACUGGUAUUUGAGUUUAUGCUCUGAGGAACAGUACAAUGUUUACUUUUUUGGAUAACUUUUGUGUUUUAUAGAUUUUGUUCAACGAUUGACUGUAUGUGGAAGGUUGAGACCAAGCGUUUAGUUUUUUUAAUCUGCUUUGUUCUGAGGGACCUUUUACCUAGUCGUCCCAUGGACUAGUUAAGUUUGCAUGUUUCUAUGUAACAUUGCACUUUUGUAACCUGGUGCACACACUCACACAUAACCACACUAAUUUCCACUUCACUCACAAGUUGCCAAAUGAUGUGUCGAGGGCCUCCGUUGUAGCACAUGCUUUGCUCACAUUGAGUCAGGGGUGAGGGAGAAUGUCCCAGCCUCUCCCACACAGGCCUCAGACUGCAACCCGACCCUGACUAGUGUUAAACCGUUUCUCAGCCCCCUUAUGAAACCACCCCUGUCAUGGUGAGUACAUUACAGCCAUGGCCCCUUGUAUCGUCAUAUGCUGAAAUUGUAUUACAGUGCACUGAAUGAAACUGAUUAUUAAUGCAUGUUAGUAGCUCUCAAACGGAAACUCAUUGUCUCAUACGAGGACUUUAACUUAGUAUUAGCCAAAUGCUUGUGCAUUGUAACAUAUGACACGUCAUGCGUCAGUCACUCCAGCUAAGAGCUUUACAUGCUGUCAGGGCAGUGGACCAUGAGUGUUAAGAGAGGAACAUACUACAUACAGUAUAUACUAAUACAGGAAUAUGAGGGACUACAACAGAGGCAAUACAACUAUAUCAAAUAAACUGCACUGUUUAUUUAUUUUCAAAAGGGCUUUGGAUCAAAGUGAAUACCAGUAAUGAAACUUAUUUAAAGUCCAUGUAAAUACAUGUAUGUAUGUAGAUUAUAUAUACAUACAGUGCAAACAGUAUAUAACGCUGAUACUUUUUUAUACAUAUAUGUAAAGGAAAGAAAGCAGAAGUAGGAACCUGGAAUUCAAUAUGUUUGUCACCUCAGACAAUGCUCUGUGUCCGAGGGAAAAGGGACCUGGUAAGAGAAACGGGCUGAGGUGGGGGUUCUACUGUGUAUUAAUAUCAACCACAUCCAACCUAUUUACUGUAAUAUGUGAACCCAGAUAAAACGGAUUCUUUUCAGUUCUGUUGUAGAGAUGGGUAACCGUGUGGGUUUUUGAGAGACACAGGGUUGAAGAAUGCUUUUGCUCGAUUAAAUGUAACCUCAUAAAAAUAAAACAUGGGGAAGAUACGGGGGGGCGCAUGUAUGAAUACCUCUGAUUACAACUGGAUAUCUAUGCAUUAUCAGAUACAAAUACAUUUACACUGUCUGAAGUGGAUGUGUGUUCAAGUGCUGUUUCUCAACUGUCACAAAAACCAAAAAGGGCCAGUUCUCUACUCAAAGGGACUCCACCACCCUGGGUUUUCCACUUCUCAGGCUGCUAUAGCCGUAGCUGUUACGUUGAGGCCAGGGGGGUCCUCUCUGAAACAUGGCUUUUAGAGACGCACACCACAGAGGCCACUGUGAGGGACUCUUGAACUGGGUAGGGGUCUGAGGGAAGAUAAGAGUCAGUAGAAGUAGGGAUUAUUUAGGGAUUCUUAGGGUGGGCUCUGAUAAAACAAGGUGAAAUGUAUUUAAAGAGUGGUUGAGAAAAGAGUAAGACUGUGGAAACGGGAAGAUGGGAGGGGAGAGAAGAGUGUGGUGAGAGAAAGAACUGAAAACCAUUUUUCAGAGAUGGAACCAGGCCCACCAACAGUACCAUUUUUCAGAGAUGGAACCAGGCCAGCCAAUGGUCAUUGUUUUAGUCUGUAUAUUCUGAUAUUCUAUGAUGAUAAUGAUGACAUGUAUGAAAACACUAACAAAAUGUAACGGUUUUUUUUGUACACAGGUGCCAGCUAGCCUGUUUCUGACUAUUUAUAAAGGAUUAACUGUCCACUAUUGUUAUAUGAUGAUGAUGACGAUGAUACUUAUUAUUAUUAA